CUCUUGCGAUUUUGUUUGCAGGUCACUCCGGAUCAGAGGAAACCAUCCAUAACGCCAAACUGCGAGUAAAAAACUGACUCUCUCUGAUACAAUAAACACAACUCAAAUCGCAUACUCUAUUUCGGGCUAAAUUGCCAAAUCUCGAGAUCCAUGAUCCAUCCGAAACCCCGCCUCGCCGCCUCCUCUCGCUUUGCCGUUUCCGACCGCCAAUGCUGAGGCGAGCCGACGCUACCGCCCACCCGAAUCCUCGCCGCUGAGGGUGCUCUAGGAUUGGAGUGCUCUGGUUGGUUGCAUAGACGCUCGCCGCCGCCUCUCCCGUGCCCCGGCGGCCGGCACCGGCCCCGACCGCGAGGCUCCGUCGCCGGCGAUGGCGUCGCCGGCCGGCGGCGAGUCUCCAGCGAAGCCCGUCCUCCUGCAUGGCGACCUCGACCUCUGGAUCCUAGAGGCGCGCCUGCUCCCCAACAUGGACAUGUUCUCCGAGCAGGUCCGCCGCUGCCUCGCCGUAUGCCGCCCGCCCACCUCCUGCGGGACCAACCACCCGCCUGCCGCCGCGCGCGGCGGCGGCGGCCGCCAACACCACCACCGGAAGAUCAUCACCAGAGGCCCCUACGUCACGCUGUCCGUCUCCGGCGCCGUCGUGGCGCGCACCGCCGUCAUCCCCAACUCCCAGGACCCCGUCUGGGAGGAGCGUUUUGCCGUGCCGCUCGCGCACCGCGCCGCCGAGCUCGAGUUCCAGGUCAAGGAUAACGAUACCUUCGGCGCGCAGCUCAUCGGCACCGUCACCGUCCCCGCCGACUGCGUUGUGUCGGGCACCGAGGCCGAGGAUUGGUUCCCCGUCAAAGGCACCAACGGCAAGCCGUACAAACCCGACACCGCGCUGCGCCUCCGCUUCACAUUCCACCCCAUCGCCAACAACCCGGCCUACCGCCACGGCAUCCCUGGCGACCCUGGCCACAGGGGCAUCGGGGAGUCCUACUACCCGCUCCGCCACGGUGGCCAAGUGACGCUGUACCAGGACGCGCACAUCAGGGAAGGGGACCUGCCAGAGAUUGAGCUCGACGACGGCAAGACGUUCCAGCACAACUCGUGCUGGGAGGACAUCUGCCACGCCAUCCUGGAGGCGCACCACAUGAUAUAUAUCGUCGGCUGGUCGGUGUAUGAUAAGGUGCGACUCGUGCGCGAACCAUCGCCGUCGCGGCCAUUGCCCGAUGGUGGCGACCUUACGCUUGGAGACCUGCUCAAGUUCAAGUCACAGGAAGGUGUCAGAGUGUGCCUGCUGGUGUGGGAUGAUAAAACUUCGCAUGACAAGUUCUUCAUCAAGACGGGUGGAGUUAUGGCAACUCAUGAUGAAGAAACUCGGAAAUUUUUUAAACAUUCCUCAGUCAUCUGUGUUCUCUCUCCUCGAUAUGCUAGCAAUAAGCUGAGCAUUUUCAAACAGCAGGUUGUUGGGACUUUGUUUACACACCAUCAAAAGUGUGUGCUGGUUGAUACACAAGCCAGGGGAAACAAGCGAAAAGUUACAGCUUUCAUUGGGGGCCUAGAUCUUUGUGAUGGUCGCUAUGACACACCUAAACACAGGCUUUUCAAAGAUCUUGACACAGUAUUCCAAAAUGAUUACCAUAACCCUACAUUUUCGUCAGGUGCAAAGGGACCCAGGCAACCAUGGCAUGAUUUACAUUGCAGGAUUGAUGGCCCUGCUGCCUAUGAUGUCUUGACAAAUUUUGAGCAAAGGUGGCGAAAGGCAACAAAAUGGCGUGGCCGAUUUAGAAGAGUAUCUCAUUGGAAAGACGACGCUUUAAUUAAGCUGGAACGUAUCUCAUGGAUAAUAAGCCCUUCACCCAAUGUUCCAAAUGAUCAUCCUAGUCUGUGGGUUUCAAAAGAAGAAGAUCGUGAAAAUUGGCAUGUUCAGGUAUUCCGAUCAAUUGACUCUGGUUCCCUAAAAGGAUUUCCUAGUGAUUGCAAAGAAGCUUCAAAGCUUAAUCUUGUGUGCCGAAAGAAUCUGGUAAUUGAUAAGAGCAUCCACACUGCAUAUGUCCGAGCAAUCAGAUCUGCACAGCAUUUCAUUUAUAUUGAGAACCAGUACUUUCUUGGCUCUUCAUAUGCUUGGCCAUCCUAUGUGAAUUCAGGUGCUGAUAAUCUGAUACCAAUAGAACUGGCCCUCAAAAUUGCAAGUAAGAUUAGAGCACAAGAACGCUUUGCAGUGUAUGUAGUGAUACCAAUGUGGCCUGAAGGAGUCCCUACUGCAGCAUCUGUUCAAGAAAUUCUUUUCUUUCAGGCCCAGACAAUGGAGAUGAUGUAUACAAUAAUUGCAGAUGAGCUCAAGUCAAUGGACAAUAAGGACAUGCGCCCUGAAGAUUACUUGAGCUUCUUUUGUCUUGGAAACCGGGAAGAACCACCAUCUAAUGGCAGCCCAGAAUCAGAGAAAUCUACAGAUAAAAGUGCAGUGGGCUUAGCUACAAAAUAUCGACGGUUCAUGAUCUAUGUUCAUGCAAAAGGAAUGAUUGUGGAUGAUGAAUAUGUCAUUCUGGGUUCAGCAAACAUCAACCAGAGAUCCCUGGCUGGUUCUAGAGAUACUGAAAUUGCAAUGGGUGCAUACCAGCCUCAUUAUGCAUGGUCUACAAAGAAUGGACAUCCUGACGGCCAGGUAUACGGGUACAGAACGUCCCUGUGGGCAGAGCACCUUGGAACGAUCGAUGACCGCUUCAAGGAUCCUUCGAGUUUGGAGUGUGUAAGGUUUGUGAAUCAAAUCGCUGUAGAGAACUGGCGAAGGUAUACUGCAGAAGAAAUGAGUACAUUACAAGGGCACCUCCUCAAGUACCCAGUUAAGGUGGAGGCUGAUGGUAAGAUCAGCCCACUGCCAGACCAAGAAUGCUUUCCUGAUGUUGGCGGCAAGAUUCUGGGAGCUUCAACUUCACUUCCUGAUUCGCUGACCAUGUAGCGUCAUUACAUAAUUUUUUUUUCAGAGUUGAACUCUGUAAUUGUCUAGAUUUGGUGGGAUUGUCGCAGAACUUAUACUACUAGUGAAGUGCGCGUGCCCUGCGCGCGUGUAGUGUAGGCUCAUGGAGAUCCAACCACACAACUAAUAUAACUAUAUAAAUUUACAUAUAUAAUAAGUGUACCAACCUACAUACUGCAUAGUUUCUGUUACCAUUUAGUUAGUUUUGAAUAGAGUACAGAAGGACCUGUUUUAUUUUUUUUAAAACCACUAUUUACUGACAUACAUAUUUGCAUUUUUUUAUAAGUAUAAGUAGUAGAUUUAUUUUCAA